ACAGAUUGGUUUCGAACAUAGUUUGCUAAUGGCAAAUGUUAUUGUAGGGCCUUCUAUAUUUUUGUAAAUUAGGAAAAUUCUAGCCACGGGAACGCUGCAGUUGCUACCUUUUUGAUAAAAAAAUCACAGUUAAAGAUUCCACCCAAUGUGUCAAGAUUCUGGCAGCUAAGUUUUAAUUUUAUAAUAUGGCGUAGACAAAAGUUGAGAACUCCUGCCUAAGUUUUAACUAACUAGACACAUAUUUUCAACAUGAAAUGUUUGUUAUAACCCAACAUCCGUUGGAACAUCAAAUGUUUUCAUUCGUCUAUGUAAACAUACACCGAGCCACCAAACUAGAUCAGUGUUAUGCCUUACUACCCUCGGUCGUGUUUUCAUUAUGUACUUCAGAAAAUUAUUAACAAGUUUGAUAAUCACAGGAUUGGCCGCAGAAGUUUGGUGUCACGUAGAAAUAGAAGCAGAAGAUUAUUUUUUUCCUUUAGAACCGGUAAUCAAUUUCUGUAAAAUAGCUGAUCAGUGUCAACAUGACUUCGUUCCGGUAUGCGGGCAGGACUCUCUCGGUAUUUCAAGAAUGUUUAACGAUAACUGCGAUCUUUACGAGUACAAUUGUGACGAGAAGAAGCAAUAUCGUCACGUGAAAAUGGAUGUUUGCAAAUAUGAAGCUGCUGCCUCAGAAAGGAUGGAUUGAAUUUAAAAUUCUACUUUAAACUAAUUAAUUAUAUGAUGCUAGACUAAGUUUCAAAUAAAAAAUGAAUUUCAUCAGUUA